AUGGAAGCAACUCUCAAUGAACGUAAAGAAUUAAUUAAAAAACAAUUUUGUGAAAUAUGUCAAUUCCCUAAAAAUGUUCAUUAUCAAAUUGCUGCUUGCGGUAAAUGUGGAUUUCCUAAAUCUAAUCUUAAAGAAUUAUGUAAACAAUUAGGAUUAGUUUGCUUAAAUUGUAAUCAAAGUUUAGAAGGAUUUUUAAAAUGUCCAACUUAUGGAGAAGUAAUUCAACGUUUGAAGAAAGAAUGUGCACAGAUUCAUCAUGAAGAUCCUGAUUAUAGAAAGUUAACUAAACUUAUAAAGGAUUACUCUGAUAAAGAAUUCAACUCUCAAAGAACAACUUCAAACAUUACCAAAUCAGAUGAUGAAGCUGUCUCGGAAUUAUCAAAUAUGGUAAAAAAGUUACAAAUUGAAAAAGACGAUAAAUUUAAUAAUAUAUAUAAUAAAUAUAAUCCAAAUGAUCAAUCAGCUUUUAAUUAUUCUUUCAGUCAUAGUAGUGGAGUAAAUGAUGACAUUAUUGUGGCAAUUCCGGCGGCUGUCCAAUGA